GUACUGGGUCAGGUCCAUUCUCUAAACCCAACACUCCACUUCAUCCACUGCCAAGCUCUCUUCCAUCUCAAAUAUCCAAAACCAAAACCUCUAAAACAACCACCACCACCACCACCACCACCACCACCAAUGGCGGUUAUCGCCGCCGCAGUAACCGCCGCCUCCACGGCCCUCUCCUCCUUCCACUUCUCCAAACCCUACUUUAUCACCCGCACUCGCCACCAAUUCCGCACCAUCACCUCCGCUCUCUCUUCAUCCACCGAAUUCAACAUCACCUUCGCCCCAAACAAACCCAAAACCCCGAAACCCAAAUCUCCCUCCGUCCCCGGUCUUGCUGAAGAAUCGGGCCAGCUAUUCAUCCCAUGGAUCGUCCGCGACGACAAAGGAAACCUCACCCUCCAGUCGACCCCGCCGGCGCGUCUCCUCCACGAGAUUGCCAAUGCCAAGACUCAGUCGACGAAGAAGAAGAUAAAGAAAGAGAGUUCCAAUAAACCGGUCGCAACAGCGGAGCCAAAGCAUUCGAAGGCAGCGCGGAGGUUUUACAAUCAGAAUUUUAGGGACCCGCCGCAGCGGCUCAGCAAAGUUCUAGCUGCCGCCGGAGUGGCAUCAAGAAGGAGCUGCGAAGAGCUUAUUUUUGAAGGCAAAGUGACUGUUAAUAAUUCAGUGUGCAAUACUCCUCAGACUAGGGUUGAUCCUAUGAGAGAUGCAAUAUAUGUCAAUGGAAACCGCCUUCCUAAGAAACUGCCUCCAAAAGUCUAUCUUGCCCUGAACAAGCCAAAAGGGUACAUUUGCUCAUCUGGGGCGAAAGAGACUAAAUCAGUGAUGAGUUUAUUCGACGAUUAUCUGAAGAGUUGGGAUAAAAGAAAUCCAGGACAACAAAAACCACGACUCUUUACUGUUGGCCGCCUUGAUGUUGCCACAUCGGGGUUGAUUAUUGUGACAAAUGAUGGGGAAUUCGCUCAAAAGAUUUCACAUCCCUCAUCUAAUUUAUCAAAGGAAUACAUAGCAACUGUGGAUGGUGUAGUCAAUAAGCGUCAUUUAAUAGCCAUUAGUGAGGGAACUGUCAUUGAUGGAGCCCAUUGUACCCCGGAUGCAGUGGAGUUACUACCAUCUCAACCAGAUAUAUCACGACCUCGACUUCGCAUUGUGGUCCAUGAAGGGAGAAAUCAUGAAGUCCGAGAACUUCUAAAAAGUGCUGGACUUCAGAUUCAUGCAUUAAAGCGUGUACGUAUAGGUGGUUUCAGGCUUCCAUCGGACCUUGUGCUUGGAAAGCACAUUGAACUAAAACAAUCUAAUCUCAAAGCACUGGGUUGGAAGAGUUAAAAAAAUUGCUGCAUCAAUGGCUGACUACAAUUUUCUUGCUCUCCCUGUGAUUUCAACCACAUUAAACACAUCUUCAAGGUGUUAGUGUUACCAGGAAUUUGCUGACAUCAUAAUCACUGAAUUUGGGUCUCAAUCGACAGGGACUGGUUACCCAACCUGCUAGUCUUGAUCUAUGAUGGGGACUGUUAUUUUUGCAAGAGGAUUGAGAUUGGCUUACACCUGAUGAAAAGAAAGGCAAGCUGUAUAUUUUUUGUUCCCGAGGUUAGAAUAUUUUUGUAGUACUGAGAACUGGUAGAUCCAUGUAAAAAGUGCUGGAUUACAAGAGACAUGUUUGUAGAUAAAGCAAUUAAGCUGCCGAUGAUCAAUACCUGCAACGGAUACCUUGUUCUUCCGGUUAGUUUAUUCUCGACAAUCACAUUAUAUUGAUUUUAUCGCAGCUUCUUUUCAUUUUAAAA